CACACCCACUACCCGCAGUUUGCCAGCCAGGAGUUCGCGGGGCAGACGCGGCGGGGCCCUUUUGGGGACGCUCUGGCUGAGUUUGAYGGCUCCGUGGGGCAGCUGGUGCAGGCUCUGCAGGAGAACGGCCUGGAGAAYAACACCCUGCUCUUCUUCACCUCUGACAACGGGGAGCCGCCCCCGGUUCGCUGCUGUCCCUCAGCUCCCUCAGCCCUCUCCAGCCUUAUCCCGGGGUCUCCGGGGAUCUCUAAGCCCGUUCCCGCAGCCCGAGGACCCCGCUCGGCUGAGCUGAGCCCCUCCACCCCGCAGAGCCCCCGCCAGGCCGUGUUCUUCUACCCGCCGGCCCCCGACCCUCUGCACGGCCCCUUCGCCGUCCGCCUCGGCAAAUACAAAGCGCAUUACUUCACCCAAGGUUCCUUCCACAGCGACACCACCCCGGACCAGGCGUGCCGCGGGCUCACCCCGCUCACCCCGCAUUUGCCACCGCUGCUUUUUGACCUGGAGGCGGAUCCGGCGGAGAAUUACGAYCUGCUGCAGGGCCGGCCGGGCCCGGAGGUGCUGCAGGUGCUGCGGGACAUCACCCUGCAGAAGGUGCUGCUGGAGCAGCGSGUGGAGUUCGGCGAGAGCCAGAUCCGCAAAGGCCGGGACGCGACGCUGCAGCCCUGCUGUGCCCCCGACUGCAGCCCCAAACCUUCGUGCUGCCGCUGUCCCCGCGUCAGCGCCCCGCACUGACACCCCAAAAACCCCCGGGCCCAUCUUUCGGAUGGGGGAGCCCCUCGGGCUCACGGGGGUUGGGGCAGCAGCGGGGUCAGGGACACCCCAAAUGCUGCUGGGAGCGGGGGCAGGGCGCUGUGCUCCGUGUGGGACAUUCCAGGUGGGGCCUUGGACAGGAUCCUAAAUCAUUCCAGGAGGGUCCAGCAGCUCCUCCAGAGCCAGGAGAGCUCUUUGGAGCAGC